UCACAACAACAGAUGGUGCCAAAAAUCUGUAAAACGAGUGUUCCCCUCCUGAUUGAGGUGAGCCACCGUCCCUCAAAACUAGCCUAAAGUGCGAGGGGCCUGAAAGAUGGAAAGAUGCAGUGAUCGUCUCAAACCUUUUCCCCAGCAAGUGCAGGGAACCACUUGAUGAUGGAUGAGGUGACAAAUUGUAGCACGUUGGUGCCCUCAGUAAGUUCGGGGAUGCCAAUAAUGUGGAUAUUAUCUUGACUUUACAAGUCUUCUUGCUGAGCCAAAGCAGCUUCCAGCUCACCAUAUUUUCUCAUGGCAGUAGUUGUGACUUUCAUAAUCCGAGUAUGGAGAGCAUUCCUGGAUCAACUUUUUGAUGCCAUGCAGACUGCAAUGUCUGAUUGAAUCUGGUCCAAUCUUCCCAUGAAAGUUGUAAACCGUGCUUCAAUAAGCGACCGUUGCUCCUUCAAGGCUAGUUCAAUUAAGGAAGUUAGCUUGCUAUGUGCAGUUAGCUUACCUGCUAGAUCAUCUGCUUAAUCAGGGAUAUUGACAACAGGUGUGCAUCAUUAGCUGCACUAAACAGUGAGCUCUGCCAAGUUAAGGUGCAGUCCCACCUGGAGAAUCCCACCAAAUACCAUAUCCAGCAGGCUCAGAGGCAGCAGGUGAGGCAGUACCUGUCCACCACCCUGGGUGGUAAAGCUGGCAGCCAGUGCCCCAGCCAGCCCCCAGAACACGGCAUGCCACCCGGACCCGGCAGCAGCGCCCCCAAUAGUCCCAUGGCCCUGCUCACCCUCAGCUCCAACUGUGAGAAAGAGAUGGAUGACGUUAUUGAUGAUAUAAUUAGCUUGGAGUCGAGUUACAAUGAGGAUGUUCUUGGACUUAUGGACCCAGGACUCCAAAUAAACAACCCGCUUCCUGUGUCUGGUAACCUUCUCGAUGUGUAUGGCAAUCACGGACAUCCCCUCCCGGGCCUCGGCAUCAGCAACUCUUGUCCACCCAACAUUAAAAGGGAAUACACAGCUCCUGGCAUGAAGCAAGUACUGGACAAGCCUGGAUCCUGUGGCCAGUAUGAAAACUAUCAAAGGCCAGAGAGCUUUCAAGUAGAGGCUGAAGUUCGUGCUCUUGCUAAAGAAAGACAGAAGAAGGACAACCACAACUUAAUUGAACGAAGACGGAGAUUCAAUAUCAACGAUCGCAUCAAAGAGCUAGGAACCCUGAUACCUAAGUCAAAUGAUCCAGACAUGCGCUGGAAUAAGGGCACCAUUCUCAAAGCCUCAGUGGACUAUAUCAGGAAGCUACAGAGGGAGCAGCAGAGGGCCAAGGAGCUUGAGUGCAGACAGAGAAAGCUGGAGCACGCGAACCGCCAUCUAAUGCUUCGUAUACAGGAGUUGGAGAUCCAGGCCCGUGCUCAUGGUCUUACAGUGGUGCCAUCGCCAUCUGUCUGCACAUCAGAGUUGAUGACCCGGGCCAUUAAACAGGAGCCUGUGCUCGGCGACUGCCCCUCAGACCUCUACCAGCAUACCUCGGCUCCUGACAUGUCCCCUCCAACCACACUGGACCUCAACAACGGCACCAUUACCUUUGACCAGAUUCCUGCAGAUGCUGGGGACCCUGGCCCCUACGGAAACUCCAGGACCUGUAAAAUGAAGGAACUGGUAAGGGACAAUACCCUGUCACCAAUUUCCCCGAGCGAUCCCCUGCUGUCCUCGAUGUCCCCAGAUGGCUCCAUCAACGUUAGCAGCCACCACAGUUCCAGCUCCAGUAUGGAGGAGAAGGAGCAUGGCUGUUAGCAUUGUCUAAUGCGGAACGCCACACUGACCCUUUUUAUCUGUAGCAUCACAUCAAUGAGAGAACUACAAUAAAGUGACUUAAAGGCAUCCACAUGACUCAGUGGAUAAAGGAACUCAUAAGUUAUUUUUAUCUUGAUUCCUAUUUUUUUCUUCCCUUAUGCAGGUUUAUUUCCUGACCUCUACUGUUCAAAAACUGAUGUUACUGUGACCGUAGACAUUUCCAUUCUUCUAUGGUACACAUUAUUUAUACAACCUUCUUUUCUUGAUGCCAUAUAAAUUGACAAACCCAUUGAGGACCACAUGACAAAAAUAUACACAGUGACUGAAAAAUGUAGUAUGACUCCAAUCUGCUGUCAGUAUAAACUGGUCACAUGUGAACAUUUAUUGGUAAUAGUGUACAAAACGUUUACUCUGACUGAUGUCCAAACCUGCUGUAUAAAAGUGUUUACUUAUUAUCCAUAGAAUAUUAGAAUACUGACUUAGUCAACAAGCCAAAAAUGCAUCAUCCUUAAAACACAUACAGUAAGUCCUCUUGGCUAAAGGUUUAAGUCAAUAAUCCAACAGUGUUUAAACUGAAUGGUUUCAUUCUAAGGAAAUACGCAAAAUAUGUAUCUAUAUUUAUAAAAGAUCAAGUAUUGCUUAAUAUUAUCAUUAUUAUUCUAAACAUAUUUAAAUGUAUAUUAUUUUUACUCCAUGCUCUUAUUCUAAUCUAAAGAAAUAACAAAUCAAAUACUGACUAAAAGAUAAAAAUGAUCAUCAUUUAUUUAUUUUGUAAUUAUUAUUACUAUUUUUUUUAUUCAAUGCUCAUCUUAUUUCAGACUUAUACCAGUACUUGAGAGAUUUGUUUUAGGGUGGAUGGGACUAAGGAAUCUUGUAAUUUAUAAUGGCCCACAAACAUACUGUAUGUAUGUACAUUUGAACUUUGAUAUAACUUUAUUUAGGUACUAAUUUUGAUGAGAAGUCACCACGCAAAGGUUAAUAAGAGACAUGGUAAUAUGACAAUAUAGUAAAAUACAUGGUAAAUUAUUAUUUAUACCUAUACUAAAUAUUUCUUAAAAUGUGGGCCGGGUCAUGCAAAACAAAGAAAUAUCCACAGAUGACAAAAGCGCUCAUAUGUAUUAUACCUGGUCCACUAGCCAAUACAUUGUGUCCUUUGUAAAACCUAAAAAAGCCCUGAUAUAAUAUGUCAUAAUACUCUUAUUAUAAUGGAUGUAAACUAAAAUUGAAUUAAUUGAUUAAUUAGAAUGUGGUUUAUAUGUUAACAAGGCUCACGGCAGCCUUUGCCCCAGAUACUUUGUAGGCACUGAUCAACUAGUGAUUCAUCUUGCAUAACUCAGACGUGGGUAAAUGUAUAUAAUGUAUCUUUUUGAUGUCUGUACAGAACUGGUUGGUACCACGUGACAUUUUUGUGAAUGUGUGUCAUCGCUUGCCAAUAUUGUAAAAGGAAACACUUGAGAUGUUUAUACACUGUAUAUAUUCCCUUUUGUAAAGAAAAAGAAAAAAACUGUGUUUCUGGUUCUUGUGUGAAUACUACAGGGUAGAUCCAUUGAGU